GUUCUUCGGAGGGCGAGGCAGCCAGAAAACCUAACUCCUUCGAACCAACCGGAGGCCAUGCUGCGGAACAAAAAAUUACCCUAUUAUUCCUCCACUAUAAUAUUUCCUGCGCUGCAUUUGGCCGCAGUUUUGUAUUUGGGUUGGGUUGGUGAAAGAGAGUGAUUCAUCUUCCUCUCUUCUCUCUCCCCAUUUUAGGUUUUUUCAAUUUUCCAUCUCUCCCCUCCAAUUCGAAUAUACCCCCUUUUCUCUACUCUCGUUUCUAACCAAUUAUUCUCUUCACAGCACAAUUCCCUUUCAACUUCAUGCGCCUCUGCAUCAGUUCCUCGAAUUUUCCGCUUUGAAAAUGAGUAUUCUGACUUGAUUUUUGUUUUUUCUUCUGAGUUUUUUAUAAGGGGGUGGGGUUAAUUUGUCUGUAAGGAGGUUGCUUGCUCGGUUUUGAUUUAUGGGUAGGAAGGGAAUUCGAGUUUUCGAUGAUAGAAAGGAUGGGUUCUUCUCAGUUUCUGCUUUGGGAUCUCAAUGUCGUCUCCAGGAUGAGGCUUUUCUACCCGGUGGCUUAUUUGCAAGCGUGGGGCAGAUGGGAGUGGGCUUCGGAAUUUCUCCAGAUUCUUCCAAUCCCCGCAACAAUGGCGGCAGUAAACUUCCUUACACCGAUUUGUAUGUGAAGUACUUAUCUUGGGUGGAGGGUUUUCGGAUUCCUGGGGCUGCUGAAGAGGGAGGGGUUGUGAAGAAGAAGAAGGUUGGCCUUAGAUUGAAAGUUAAAGUUGCGAAUCCUUCACUGAGAAGGCUGAUGAGUGGUGCUGUUGCUGGGGCAGUGUCAAGGACUUGCGUGGCGCCAUUGGAGACCAUAAGGACACAUCUAAUGGUGGGGAGUAGUGGAAAUUCUACCUCAGAAGUGUUCCAUAAUAUUAUGAAAACUGAUGGGUGGAAGGGGCUGUUUAGGGGAAAUUUUGUUAACAUCAUUCGAGUUGCACCUAGCAAGGCCAUUGAGCUCUUUGUGUAUGACACAGUCAACAAGAAUUUGUCACCUAAGCCUGGUGAGUCUCCAAAACUUCCUAUUUCUGCCUCAUUUGUUGCCGGGGCCUGUGCCGGAGUUAGCUCAACGAUAUGCACUUAUCCUCUCGAGUUACUCAAGACCCGGUUGACGAUUCAGAGAGACGUGUACAAUGGUCUAUUUGAUGCAUUCUUAAAAAUACUUAGAGAAGAGGGGCCUGCCGAACUCUACAGAGGCCUUGCCCCUAGUUUGAUCGGAGUAAUUCCGUACUCUGCAACCAAUUAUUUUGCAUACGACACGUUACGAAAGGCGUACCGGAAAAUUUUUAAGCAAGAGAGAAUUGGAAACAUUGAGACCCUUUUAAUUGGCUCGGCAGCUGGUGCCUUCUCAAGUAGCGUUACGUUCCCGCUGGAGGUUGCUCGCAAGCAAAUGCAGGUGGGAGCUCUCAGCGGAAGACAGGUUUAUAAGAAUGUCAUCCAUGCACUUGUAAGCAUAUUCGAGCAAGAAGGCAUUCCGGGCUUGUUCAGAGGGCUCGGUCCCAGCUGUAUGAAGCUGGUACCUGCUGCCGGGAUUUCAUUCAUGUGUUACGAGGCCUGCAAGAGGAUCCUUGUCGAAAACAAUGAUGAAGAGUAGCGAUUCCUUCCUUGCAAUGGCAUGUUAGAGAAAAGAGAGGAAUCACAGUUUUGUUUUCUGUUAUUGGUCUUUAACUAGACUUCUGGUGUUUUGCUAUGAUAUACAGUUCAAGGAUCCUUUAUGCAAGGCUAGAGCUGAAUUUCUUUAUGAACUAUAUAUUUGGAUAGUCCCUUAAAUGACACUGUUCCCAUUGUUAGAAGUCAAUGGAUAAGCUUUUUUUGAUGA